ACUCUUCAAGAUGGAGAAGGACGGCGACAACUCAGACUCUGAGAUGACACACCGGUGUGGCCCGCUCUGCCUCGGCCCUCUGACCUUCCACAGACAGGCUGUGGGAGACCUGGUCCGCCUGAGUCAGGGGGCUCGACGGGCCGAGAGGACCGGGAACUCGUUCAGGGACGGCCUGGUGUUCAGCAGCCGGACGGUCAAGAUCCAGGAGAGGAUUCGUCUCAGGGUGGAGAGCGAUUCGUUCAGGUGGAGCGGAGCUCUGCGUGUUGGCUUCACCAACGUGUCGCCCUCAUCCAGGUCUCUGCCUCUGCCCAGCAUGGCCUGCCCCAACCUCAGCAGCAGCCCUGGACACUGGGCUGCUCCUGUCCCACAGCUCUUAUGUCCAGCAGGUUCAGAGCUGGAGUUCUGGGUUUCUUCAGGUGGCAGCAUAUACGCCUCAGGCAACAGCCGUCAGUACAAGCUGCUGACAGGAGUGGACCUGAGCCAGCCACUGUGGGCCAUGAUGGACAUCUAUGGACAGACCUGCUCCGUUUUCCUCCUGGGCUCAGAGAAAAAAGGACUUUGCACGAGAAGAUCCUGUCCUGCUCCUGAAGCCACCACCUCCCCUGAUGUUUCCAGCCUCAGUCCGAGCGCUGACAUCUUCUGUCUCGACAUGGAAUUCCCAGCAGGUACAGGCUGUGUGGUCUGCAUGGUGAGAAAGGCCACAGUCGUGCUGCGCUGUGGCCACCAGUGUUUGUGUAACAGCUGCUGCACCAAAGUCUCCCAGCAGUUUGGUCGCUGCCCGCUGUGUCGAUGCAGCUUCAGCAGUGAUGCAUCAGUGGAGGAAGUGUCUGUGGAGGUCUGA